AAGGAGCAGAUCCUAGGUUUGCACAGCCUGUUCAGAAUGAGGAAGAUUUGGAUGAUGUUGCCACAUCCAGAAGCCAUGCCAGGGAGGAAGGGAUCCUUGUCAUUUGAGGAUGUGACCGUGAGCUUCACCCAGGAGGAGUGGCAGCACCUGGACCCUGCUCAGAGAACCCUGUACAAGGAUGUGAUGCUGGAGAACUAUGGCCACUUUGUCUCAGUGGGGUAUUGUAUACCUAAACCAGAAGUGAUCUUCAAGUUGGAACCAGGAGAGCAGCCAUGGAUAUUAGAGGAAGAGCCCACAGGCCAGAAUUACCCAGGAGUCUGCAGAGUUGAUGAUCAACUGAAGCAGAAUAAAGAAAUUCAGGACAGACAUUUCUGACAAGCUCCAUUUAUCAACAACAAAAUACUGACUGUAGAGAGAGGUAACACAUUAGGAAAAGUGUUCAAAAUAUACAUAGACCCAGUUCAUUCCAUAAAAAUACCUUGCACAUGUGAUCUAUGUGGUGUAAGUUUGAAAUACAUUUCAGAAUUAACUGUUAGUAAGCAAAACUAUUUAAGGAAAAAGCCUGAUGACCUUAAUGCAUAUGAAAAAUUGUUUCUCAAUAUUAACCAUGAAAAAGCUUAUGUGAGAGAGAAACCUUAUGAAUUCAUUCGUAAUGGAAAAUACCUCAGUCAUAAUGAGGACUUCAUUUCAUAUCUGAAAAUUAAAAAUUUAGAACAAUCCUUUGAAUAUAAGAAAUGUGAGAAAGAUUUCCAUGAGAAGGCAGUUUUUGUUACAUAUAAGCAAGCUUACACAGGAGAAAGUCCUUGUGAACAUAAUGAAUGUAAUAAACUAUUCUGUAGUCAUUCAACUCUCCUGGUCCAUAAAAUGGCACAAAAAAGGAGAACACAUUUAUGAAUUUAAUGAACGUGGGAAAAUAUUCGAAAAGUCAACUCUCCUGAAACAUAGAGUUCAUUUAGAGGUGAAACACUGUGAAUGUAUUGAAAGUGUAGAUAAUUUUAAUAGAUCAAAGUUUCCCAACACAGGAGAGAAAACAUUUGAAUGUAAGAAAUCAGGGGAACUUUCAUACAAGAAGUCAACACUUAAUGUAACUCAGAGAAUGCACAGAGGAGAGAAUGUGUAUGAAUGCAAUGAAUGUGGAAAAACAUUCUAUGAAAAGUCAAAACUCACCAAACAUCAAAGAAUCCACAUGGGAGAAACCCUUUGAAUGUAAUGAAUGUGGGAAUGCUUCUCUAGGAAAUCUCUUCUUAUUUUACAUCAGAGAAUCCACACAGGAGAGAAACCCUAUAAAUGUAAUGAAUGUGGGAAAUGCUUUUCUAGGAAUUCACACCUCAUAAUACAUCAGAGAACUCACACAGGAGAGACACCCUAUGAAUGUAAGGAAUGUGGAAAAAGCUUCUAGCAUAAGUCAUAUCUCACAGUACAUCAGAGAAUUCACAUGGGAGAGAAACCCUAUGAAUGUAAUCAAUGUGGAAAAACCUUCAUAAGCAACUGUGUCUUCACAAUACAUCAUAAAAUACACACAGGUGAGAAGCCCUAUGAAUGUAACAAAUGUGGAAAAUCUUUCUCUAGGAAUUCAUAUCUUACAAUACAUCAGAGAACUCACACAGGUGAGAAACCCUGUGAAUGUAAGGUGUGUGGCAAAAGCUUUUGUCACAAGUCAGAUGUCACUAAACAUCAGAAGAUUCAUAUAGGGGGAACAUCCUAUGAAUGUAUUCAGUGUGGGAAAACCUUUAGUCGCAACUCAGGUCUGAAAGUACAUUUGAGAACACAAAGGAGAAACCCUAUGAAAGUAGUGAGUGUGGGAAAUCCUUUUCUGAAAAAUCGGUGCUCACAGUACAUCAGAGAAUACACACAGGGGAAAAACUGUAUAAAUGUAAUGAAUGUGGGAAAACCUUCUACAAUAAAUCAGAUCUCACCAAACACCAGAGAACACACACAGGUGAGAAAUCCUAUGAGUGUAAGGAAUGUGGUAAAUUUUUCUCUAGGAAUUCAUAUGUUACAGUAUACCAGAGAACUCACACAGGAGAGACACCUUAUGUAUGUAAAAAAUGUGGGAAAACAUUCUUCCAUAAGUCAGAUUGUACAGUACAUAAGAGAACACACAGAGGGGAGAAACCUGAUCAUUGUAAUGAAUGUGGAAAAACUUUCACUUGGAUCUCAGUCCUCAAAUCUCAUCAGAGAACGCACACAAGGGAGAAGCCCUAUGAAUGUACUGAGUGUGAGAAAUCCUUUUCUGAGAAGUCAGUCCUUACUGUCCAUCAGAGAAUAUACACAGGGGAAAAACCUUACAAAUGUAAUGAAUGUGGGAAGUCCUUCUGUCAUAAGUCAGAUCUCACUAAACAUCACAGAACACACACUAGGGAGAAACCAUAUGAAUGUAAUCGGUGUGGGAAAAGCUUCAGUUGCAACUCAAGCCUCAAAGUACAUCAGAGAAGAUGCACAAGGGAGAAACCCUAUGAAUGUAAUGAACAUAGGAUAACCUGUGAGAAAUCAGUUCUCACAGUAUGUCUGAGGAUACACACAGGGGGAGUGUAGCAAUGAGAGAAAUCUUUCUCUAUGAAUUCAUACCUCAAGAUGUGUACGAGAAUUCACACAUAAGUCACACAUGACUUUUACCAUAAGUCAUGUUUCAAAGUAAAUAAGAGAAUACAAAUAGGGGAAAAUACUAUUAAUGUAAUGAAUAUUUGAAAAUCUUCUAUAAACAAGACAACUAAAGAUAUAUGUAGAAGAAGCUCUACUAAUGCAUUUAUAAAUUAGAACUUAUUAAACAAAGAACUUACAUAGGAGAUAAUUAUGUGACUCAAAUGGACAUAGGAAAUUGAUCUUCCAGAAAAUGACCAUUAAUAAAAAUCAAUGAAACCAAACCUAGGAAAAAUUGUCAGCAUCCUGGUAUGUGUGUGUGUGUGUGUGUGUGUGUUUUCCUGAGACUUUUACUUAUUUUACAUUAGAGAAAUAAUGGGGAUGAUACUCAAAGAACACAGCAAAUGUAGUCAAGAAAUGUCAUUCUACUAAGCAAGAUAAUUCACAUUGAGAUGAAGUCAUAACAUGUUUUGAAUGUGAAGACAUUAAUAAAACUUUAUUAUAUCAAGAUUGUAUUAAAGGAAAUCUGUUAACUAAUUGAUAGAAAUUUUUUUCUAGCUAUAAUGUUAUAGUGAAAGUUAUGUUUUGUUCUGAUUCCAAAUUUUUUAUAGAAAUAUAGCUGAAGAUAGACAUUUAUAAAAAUAUUAAGUGUAGCAUGUGAAGACUUUCUAAAAGCACAAAUAAAUUGAAUACUCUUUUGAGUCUCUGAUUCCAAUUUUGGGGGAUGUGUGUCAGCCUGUGGCCCUUCCUAUGAUGAG